AUGCCUGUCCUUGAAUCGGUGCCUAUCGAUGACAGGGCCAAGGGUAUGAAGGACAUUGACCUAGAUAAGGACAAUAUCCCACUCGAGAGGGCGCUAGGCGUCCAUUGGGACCCAGAGACGGAUAGGUUCGGCUUCAAGACUGUAGACAAGGAUAAGAUGCCAGCACGUUGCGGCAUCUUAUCGGUGACAAGCUCCGUGUUUGAUCCAAUCGGCUUCCUUUCGCCGUUCAUUCUGAAAGCCAAGCUGAUUUUGCAGGACUUGUGUCGUCUCAAGAUAGGAUGGGAUGACGACAUUCCCGAGGAGCACUUGUCUAAGUGGCAGAGAUGGUUGUCUGAUUUACCGAAAGUCUCGAACUUCAAGACAGACAGAUGUGUCAAGCCGAAAGACUUUGACAACAUUGUCUCUUCCCAAUUCUCUUCCCAGUUGGUCCACUUUAGCGACAGUAGCGAGGUUGGAUACGGGGUGAUGUCGUACCUCAGGUUGGUGAAUGGCGACGGAAGGAUUCACUGCUGCUUGCUGCUCAACAAGUCUCGUGUUGCGCCGCUCAAGCAUAUAACGAUGCCUAGGAUGGAGUUAGCAGGCGCCACUGUCGCCGUUCGCGUGGAUAGGAUGCUUAGGAAGGAGAUAGAUCUGCCAGUAGACCGGUCGAUCUUAUUUACAGACAGUACUGCUGUCAUAAAGUACAUCAGGAACAGAGGAACCCGGUUCAAGACAUUUGUAGCCAAUCGACUGGCGAUUAUCCACGACGGAUCCGAUGCUUCGCAGUGGUGUUACAUAGACACCAAGAGUAACCCAGCAGACCAUGCCUCGCGAGGUCUGUGGGCAGAGGACUUCUUGAACUGUAUUGCUUGGUCUAAUGGUCCGGAGUUCCUCUGGAAGCUGAUGGAGGAGUAG